AUGAGUCAAGGGGGUGGAGAAGCAGCUGAGAAGAAGAGUGAGCCGCCACCAUCCAAGAUUGAGGCAUUGGAUGGCUCCAACUAUGAGGAAUGGAGUGGGCGGAUGAGGAGCGCCUUCAAGCGCUACAAGCUGCUGAAACUGGCUAUGGAAGAGGAGAAGAUGCCCGAGGAAGGAGAUGCCCGCGAUCGGUGGAUUGAGCGGAGCGCGGUGCUGUACGACUUUAUUCUACAGUCGGUCAACAACGACAUGUUCCAGCACAUCAAGGAUUUGGUGGAGCUCGAUGACUCGGGACCGAAGGCGUGGAAGGUGCUACGCGACGUGGUUCAGCCCAACACGCUGCCGAUGGUGAUCGUAUUGGAGAAGGAGCUGGCUGCCCUCUCCAUGCGGCCAAGAGAUGAUGUGAAGCCGGUCCUUGACAAGGUCAAGGACACCUAUGCAAGGAUGGCAGCGGCGGGCAGCAAGGUGUCGGAGAUGCAUCAGUGCACCAAGAUAAUCUCGGUGCUCGACAACUCGUGGGACAACCUUAUCCCCACCCUCAACGCUCAGCAGGACAAGUGGACGCCUGAGUGGCUACGGCAGCAGAUCCUGCAGGAGGACUUCCGCAGGCGCCACACGGGAGGUGGUGCUGCCAACAAAACUGCUGAGGGGUAUGGAGCUGCAGGAGGCAGCAGAGGAAGAGGGGGAGGGAGAGGCCGAGGUCAUUUGCUUGACGAGGUAAAACCCCCAGGGAAGAUCAAGUUUGUGGCUGCCGCUUCAGGUGCUUUGCUCCCUGUGAUUGGUGUUGGGAAUGCCAAGGUCAUGGGGGCCAAUGGAGGGCUUGUGGGCCUGGGGAAUGUGCUAUUGGCAGCGGCAGCGGCAGCGGCUAAAGCAACUGCGGGAGGAGAGGAGACUGCACCAACUGAUGAGGCCCUGGAUGCAGUCAAGAAGGUGCAGCAGUCACAGCAGCUACAUGAUGAGGUGCUUGCUGGUGUGGAUGGGAGUGCUGCAUGGGCAAAGGCUUCAUCUGGGAGUGGUGAGGCUGAUUGGGAGACGUGGCAUGAGAGGCUGUGCCAUGUGAACAUUCCUAUGCUGCAAAAGUUGGUAAAGGAUGGGUGCUUGAAGGGGCUGGAGGUGAAGGGGGCAGCAAAGGAGAUUGGGAGCUGCCCUACCUGCCUUGAGACCAAAUUCACGAAGUUUCCCUUCAGCAGCAGCACGGGACCAGCCAAGGCACCACUUGCACUAGUGCACAUGGAUGUGGUGGGCCCCACGAGGGCCCUUUCUCUCUCGGGCAACCGCUAUUUCCUGACCAUUGUGGACGACCACACACGUGCGGUGUGGGUCUACCCCCUGAAGACUAAGGGGGAGGUGGCAGCGGCUGUUCUCAAGGAGUGGAUGCCGAGAGCUCAAAGGGAGAGCGGACAUAAGGUGAAGGUGAUCCGCACUGACAACGGGGGAGAAUUCAUUGGCGCUGAUUUUGAGGCGGUGCUGAAGAAGAAGGGGAUCCAGCAUCAGCUCACAGUGCCCUACAACCCUCAGCAGAACGGCGUGGCUGAGCGGUUCAACCGGACCCUGCAGGAAGGUGCUCGCACUCUCCUUGGGCGUGCAGGGCUGCCGGAUCCGUUUUGGGUGACUGCACUGCGGCAGGUCGCCCUUGUGAAGAACAGGGUGCUGGCGACUGUGGGGGACAAGCAGUGGGUCCCCUACACCAAGUGGUAUGGGAGUGCACCAGCUGUGAACAUGCUAAGAGCCUUUAGGUGCAUGGUGGUGUUUCAUGUGCCUAAGGAGAAGAGGGGAAAACUGGAAGCUUCUGGGAGAUGGGGUGUGCACUUGGGGCUUGCUAAGGAUCACAAGGGCUGGCUGAUUUGGGACUUGACCAGCCAGCAGCUGACUGUGUCAAGGGAUGUGAAGUUCCUCGAGUCCUUAUACUACAAGGAGUGGAAGCAGCAGCAGCAGAAGCUUCCCGCUACACCGCUGAUCAUUGAGGCCGAUGAGGUGCAGCGCCCUUCGAGGCAAGUCCAGGUUUCUGUCUCUGAGAAUGAGAUCUCUGGGGUUACUGAGGAUGGGGGAGAACCUGAGGUGGAGGAGCAACAGCAGCAGCCGCAGCAGCAAGGUGCCGCACGUCCAGCAGACCAUCCUAGGAGGGAUGUGCGCCCUCCUAACCGGCUGACCUAUCCGAGCUUUGGCAAGCCAAAGGUGGUACGGGCUGGAAGUGUGGCUGGGAAGUGUGAUGAGGAUGAGAUAGCACACUGCUACUGGGCAGCCGUUCCUGAGCCCAAGACGCUAGCUGAAGCAUUGAGCGGGCCAGAUGCUGAGAAGUGGGAGCAGAGUGUGAAGGAGGAGUAUGAUUCUCUGCUGGAGAAUGAGACGUGGGAGCUGUGUGAGCUGCCACCUGGGAAGAAGCCCAUUUCUUCCAAGCCGAUCUUCAGGCAUAAGUAUGGACCAGAUGGGGAGCUGACCCGCUACAAGUCAAGGCUUGUGGCUAAGGGGUUUCAGCAGACAAAGGGAAAGGACUUCAACGAGCUCUAUGCUCCUAUGGACAUCACCACCGCCUUCCUCAAUCGGAUCAUUCUGGAGGAGUUGUACAUAUUGCAGCCUGAGGGUUUGGAUGAUGGGAGCGGCAGGGUGUGCAGGCUGAAGAAGGCCAUCUAUGGCCUGAAGCAGGCUCCUCGUGCAUGGUACCACAAGUUAGAGGAGACUCUGCUGGCUGGGGGUUUCAAGAAGAGUGAGUGUGAUCACAGCUUGUUCCUGCUGCAAGAGAAGGAGCAGUUUCUCAUGCUCUUGGUGUAUGUGGACGACAUCCUGCUCUUCUCUGAGUCGUCUGCAAUAAUUGAGCUUGUGGAGGAGAUGCUGGAGAUGCAGUUCAAGUGUUCCAAGAUGCGAGAUGUGAAGUACUACCUGGGGAUGCAUGUGGAGAGGGACCUUGACAAGGGAGUGUUGAGGUUGCACCAGAGGAAGUACUGUGAGGGGCUGGCCGAGAAGUAUGGGCUGCAAAAUGGAGGGAAGCCAGCCACCCCACUGCCUUCAGGGUUCACAGUGGAGCCCUGUGCUGAUGAGGAGGUGGUGGGUGAGAGUGACAGGAAGCUGCUUCAUUCCAUGGUGGGGGCACUCAAUUAUGCGGCUAACCACACGCGGCCUGACAUUGCCUUUGCUACAUCUAGGCUUGCAAGUGUGGUUGCACGCCCCAGUCAUGAGCAGCUGGAAGCGGCCAAGAGGUUGGUCCGCUAUGUGAGUGCUACGGCAUCAGUGGGCUUGGAGUACAGUGCUGUGCGACAGAGGCUGCAGAGGGGUGCAGCUGAUUUGGGCAAGGGGGAGAUGCUCCUGACUUGCUACACCGACGCCAGCUUCAACUCUGUGAAGGCGGAUGGCACCAGCAUUGGAGGCUAUGUGUGCCUGUUUGGAGGUGGUGCAGUGAGCUGGCGCAGCAAGAAGCAGGACGAGGUGGGGCAGUCCUCGUGUGAGACAGAGUACAUGGCCCUGCAUCAUGGGGCAAAGGAGGUGGUGUGGCUGAGGCGUUUGUUGGAGGAGAUCGGAGUGUGCCAGAGGGAGCCGACUGUGAUUUUCUGUGACAAUGAGUCGGCAGUGAAACUAGCGAAGAAUGCUUGUCUUCAUGGGCUGACCAAACAUAUCAGGCCUAAGUGGCACUGGGUGAGGAGGCUCCUGGACAAGGAGGUGCGGCUGGAGAUUGUGAAGACCCAUCAGCAGGCGGCUGACAUUCUCACCAAGCGCCUGGCUGAAUCUGAGCAUUGGAAGGGCAUGAAGCUUGUUGGGAUGAGUGUGCAUUGA